UGCUCGUGGCAACAGUCACUUAAGGCACGCGAAGCUUGAUUCAAAAAUCUCAUCUUACAUAAAAUUAUUCCUUAAUUCAGUAAUAUAUUGAUAUUUUGUGUUUUAUUGGGAAAUUUUUAUCUUAAAAAUGCCUGAUGCUGAUGUUUAUGGUGGAUGUGAAGGUCCUGAUGCUAUGUAUGUUAAGCUAAUUUCAUCCGACGGUCACGAAUUUAUUAUCAAACGAGAAUAUGUUCUUACAUCUGGGACAAUAAAAGCUAUGUUAAGUGGACCUGGUCAGUUUUCUGAGAAUGAAUCUAACGAAGUAAAUUUUCGUGAAAUACCAUCUCAUGUUUUGCAAAAAGUUUGCCAAUACUUUGUCUAUAAGGUACGAUAUACGAACAGUUCGUCUGAAAUUCCCGAUUUUCCUAUUGCUCCUGAAAUAUCACUGGAAUUACUUAUGGCUGCGAAUUUUCUUGAUUGCUGAAAGAAUGUUUUGAAUGAUCUUUUGAACGUGAACAUAUUCAUCAGACUUUAUCUUUGAAUUGUAUAUAUUUGUAUAAUCACAUGCAAAAAAUGCUCAUUAAAAUGCAAGCAAUUACAA